UUCCAGGACAGUCUGAUAAGGGCUGGAGAGGAAUCGGAGGAGGAGCCGUGGGAAGCCUCGCGGAGAGCAAGGGCCGGCCAGAGCGGGGAGGCUGGAGAGGUUUCGGAGGAAACGGCGUCGGAGGUCCGGACUCUCUUUGUCAGUGGUCUCCCUCUGGAUAUCAAACCUCGGGAGCUGUAUCUGCUUUUCAGACCAUUUAAGGGCUACGAGGGUUCUCUUAUAAAGCUCACAUCUAAGCAGCCCGUAGGUUUUGUCAGUUUUGACAGUCGUUCAGAAGCAGAAGCUGCAAAGAAUGCUUUGAAUGGCAUCCGCUUCGAUCCUGAAAUUCCGCAAACACUACGACUAGAGUUUGCUAAGGCAAACACGAAGAUGGCCAAGAACAAGCUAGUAGGGACUCCAAACCCUAGUACUCCUCUGCCCAACACUGUACCUCAGUUCAUUGCCAGAGAGCCAUAUGAGCUCACAGUGCCUGCACUUUACCCCAGUAGCCCUGAAGUGUGGGCCCCGUACCCUCUGUACCCAGCGGAGUUAGCGCCUGCUCUACCUCCUCCUGCUUUCACCUAUCCCGCUUCACUGCAUGCCCAGGUUCCCAGCCCCACACCUGCCACAGGGCUGUGCCCCGGGCCCAUCCUUUACCUCCUGUCUCAGGAAGGCAGCUCCAACUCUGCCCUUUGCUUAGUGAGCAAGUGGACUCAGAUGCACAAAGCCAUAAGCCAUGGAUGCGCUGGCUCCCUCCCUCCGAGGCUACUUCUCAGGGCUGGAAGUCCCGUCAGUUCUGCUGAAUACUGUGUUCCAGGUGUGUGAUGGUGGCUGCAAUCUGUCUUGUGGGUAUUAAUACAAUCUUCAAGUGGCACUGUUCUCGAGCUGUUCUACAAAACUGGAGCAUGCUGGCUUGAAAAACCGCGCCCAGUUUUGAUCCCGUCAAGACUUUGCCACAGCCUCUAUCACACAUCUGUUUUACUCGAAGAAAAAAAUAUAAUAAAAUGUUUUACUCUUUUACACUGUAUAAUUGUAAGAAAUAGUGUGUUAUUUGUGAACGCAUGGUCUGACAUAAAUUUCUGUACAGUUUGGAGAUAUUUUCAAAUGAAACAUAAAAGAUAUCAAUGAUAAAA